GGUGGCAUAUAGAUUAUUUGCUUUCAUACAUUAAUAAUCUUUUAGUUACUUCCCUGGUUGUUUCCCAGAUUAAACUGACAUGCUGUUUAGUUUAUUAUCAUUUUGUUUGAUUGAGGAAAAAUAUUUGCUAUAAAGGAAUUAUCAGGAACUACUGUUUGUAAUUAGUAUUUUUACACUGUUAACAUAUUUGCUGUCUAUGUCACGCCACAUGUCUAUGCCACUAUCUAAACAUAACCCAUGUUUCCUUUAAGAUACAAUGGUGAUUAAAAUGCAUCUCAAAUCACUUCAACCAGACAAGUUAUAGGCAAACUCAUUUCAUGCAUGUGGGGACUUCCGCAUAGUUACUCCCUGACGCAUUUGAAAUCAGCCAAUAACAGAGAAGGGACAGCACAGUAUAAUUUGCAUAUUUAGGGUCUAAGGAGACGUAGUGUACAGCCACUUGUAAACACAAUUGUGAACUCCACAGUCGUAAUCAUGCCUGAUCCAGCACCGAAAGGGCCCGCUUUAGCUAAGAAGGGAUCCAAGAAAGCGGUGGCGAAGACCGCCGGCAAGAAGGACAGGAAGAGGAGAAAGCCCAGGAAGGAGAGGUACGCCAUCUACGUGUACAAAGUGAUGAAGCAGGUGCACCCCGACACCGGCAUCUCCUCCAAGGCCAUGGGCAUCAUGAACUCCUUCGUGAGCGACAUCUUUGAGCGCAUCGCCGGUGAGGCCUCCCGUCUGGCUCACUACAACAAGCGUUCCACCAUCACCUCCAGGGAGAUCCAGACGGCCGUCCGCCUGCUGCUGCCCGGUGAGCUGGCCAAGCACGCCGUGUCUGAGGGUACCAAGGCUGUGACCAAGUACACCAGCUCAAAGUAAACCGUCCAGCUCUAACAAACCACAAACCAACGGCUCUUUCAAGAGCUACGUACUUCUUAUGAAGAGCAAAGUUCUACAUUGUACAAGUAACAACGAAUGGUUUAUGUUGUCACUUAGCUAUAAAGAAACAUGAUUAGGUUCUACCUUAAGCUGGCCCCUACGCAAAACUACUAUUACUGUUACUAUUAAUUUCAUCUUAAAACAUUUUAUAAUUUUUUUUUUAAAAUAUUGUCCUCUGGUAUAUGAAUAAACACGAAGUAAACUCAGAUUGCACAGUACACAGUAUUCAUAUAAUCAACAAUUCAACUAGUAUAAGAUUAAUCUAAUAUAGUUUAAAGGUUUGGUUAUAUUGUAUUAUAAUUGAUUAAAUUAUUCACUUGAGAGAGCCCUGUUUUUUGCACCUUUCCAUCACAUUUGU